AUGUCUCACCAACAUCAGCAACACUGUAAGCAAACCUGCCUGCCACCACCAAUGUGUCCACCCCAGUGCCCGGACCCGUGCCCCCCACCGAAAUGCCCAGAGCCGUAUCCUCCACUCAAGUGCCAGGAGCCAUGCCCUCCACCCAAGGGCCCCGAGACGUACCCUCCGCCUAAGUGCUCGCCUAUGCAGAAGUACAACUGA